AUGGCUAGAACCAAGGCUGAGCAGUAUCCAUGGACGCCCGACGACCUCAAGUUGCUCAACGACGCCAAAGCAGAGUACAAGGGCGCCGACGCAGUCAAGCGCCUGAACGUCGCUGACACCGUCGCCAGGCAGAUUCAAGAAGCCAAAGAGGCGGUUGACGGGUCGGCCAUGGAGGGUAAACUCGCGCAGGCGUUAUUUACGUCUGUCAGAGGAUGGCUGAAUGCCCGCUGCAAGGCUAGCCGCAAGACACCAGGUCCAGCGUGGAAAGGUGUCAAGCCGAGAUUGUUAUUCAUUCAACACAACAAGCUCACCAUCAAGCUUGCGCAUCGGGCAAAGUACGAGAAACUAACGGGCGACCGAUAUCCCUAUACCACGGAUGGGCUGCAAGACACCCCUCUCCCAGACCUCGACGAGAACGAUCUGGAGGUAUUGAAAGAGGCUGGUAUCGACCCUGAAGGAUCCGAAGACUUAGAAGACCUCUUUGAAGACGACGGUGACGGGAAGGACCCCUUUUCGGAUAGCGACGAUGACAAUGCCGAUUCAGAUGACGACGAUGACAUUGCCCCACCAUCUCGCAAGUCGGGCCGCAAAGGAGCAGCUGGUACCAAGCCCCCUACGGCCAUUCAGAAACUCAGCAACAAAGUUUUUGCAUCAUUUCAGGAGACAGUCACCGAACUUUGGAAUGCCCUUGCGGCCUCUGAACGAAGGAAGUACCGCAUCCGAGCCUAUCUCAACCGCGAACUGGGACCGUCGGCGCUCGAACAAGCGGAGAUGGCCGACAAAGAGCUACCUUCGUUCCUGGAAAGGAUGUCGCUCGAUGCAAACCACAAGUUCAAUGCCCGCCUCAUCAUCACCGUAGUGCACCCCGACAAGAAUCGGGUCCUUCACUCUUGGACCACCGAUCACGGCGACAACCUCGGCGGCACCUCCUUCACCACCCAACACCCCACUCUAUUCAAAGACUCCGGAGUGGCUGGAAUAAUUCUUGACUGGGCGAGGAGGGAGUUCAACACCCAGGAUGGGAGGCUUCGUACAGCAGGCCGCCGACAAGGUACACGAGCUUUGAUGCAGCUCCCCAAAGGACGCGACGGGGUUGAGCUGCUUGACCCUGCGGUUAUACCUCCGGGAAUGAACGCGAAGCCGUACCUAGUGGAUAUGAUGAGGUCCUAUUUCAUUAAGAAGUACGGCGAGGCAUCGCCGCAAACAGGUCGGCCAAGCCUCUCGUGGCAGGCGGUGUCCACAUCACCCGACAGCUACUUCGACUCGCACAUUCUCCCCUCCCAGUACAUGGCGUUGGUGCAAGAACCGACGCGUUUGACGGUUCCUAAACUGCGCUUCCUCCUGGGCUACCUGUACGAGCGCCAGCAGGUGGGACAGCGCCCGGCGUUCCGGUUCGACUAUUUCGAGCACGAGGGCAGACUGCACAAGUCUGUGGCUUUGGUGGAGGAGGAAAGGGUUCUGGGCCUUAUAGGGCGACCAAGGCCAAUCAAACAGCUUCCCAAGCGCGAUGUGACGCCAGAGAAGGCGACAGUGGUAAAACUUUCUCCCCCACCCCCUAGUUUCAUGGACAAUCAAACCGCGACCGCCGGCAAUCAAUCACAAACUAGCGCGCCGCUGCCGCCCGCCCAUAGUCUCAUGCUCUCUCCUGAAGAUCCUUUACCAUCAUUGGUCCAUGGCGAUCAAACCGCGACCGCCGGCGAUCAAUCGCAAAUCAGCUCACCACCUGCCGACUUCGAUGUGAACCAGAACUCAUCAUUGGUUCGGGGUACUGAUGCCACGUCAUCACCCGCGCCAGUGCCUCUUCCGACGACCAAGACCGCCGCCGCCGACUCAAAGGACAAACCUCGCAGGUCAGCUAUGGAUCUCAUCAAGUCACUGCAGCCAGGAAUGAAGCCUGUCGUAUCACCGACCAAGCCCGCCGCCAUUACUCAGACUCCGGUUAACCGACGCAAGCGGCCUUCCCCUGCCGCCUAUGAGUCACCCGAAGGCAAACGGAAUAGGUUGGAUGGGAUAGAGCUGCUCCCCGAAGUCAAGACUAACGUUAGGACUCGAUCCCAAGCGUCUCGGGAAAUGCGCCGAACCCGCCAGAGCAAGAAGUCUCGCAAGUAG